GCCGGCCACGUACAGAGGUGAACACAUGAACUCAAGAUGGCGACCGCAAGCUCUGCGGGCAUCGGUGGAGCCGAACUUCGACAGCGCUAUCAGCCAGAACAAGACCCAGAAUGGAAUUCAGAUUUGCCUUACGGGGGCAAGGUUUAUCUUGCUCGGAAGAAGAAGGCCGAUCCUACAUAUGUACGAGUCUUGGAGGUACUACUGAUUGUGUUCACAGUGUCACUGGUCAUCUAUGCCUACUUCUACUUUGACCACCUGCAUUUCCACAUUGCGCAUGCCUAUGCACAUAUGGGCUAUGCAACUGCACAGCACCAGGUGGGGCAGCGGUACCUGCAUGGCAAGGGGAUAGACCGACAUGCUGGCAAGGCCAUGGAGUGGUUCAGGAAGGCUGCCGAUCAAGGUCAUCCCCAUGCCUCCUACAACCUAGCCAUCGGGUACCUCCGGGGUCUCAAGACUGACAUCAAAACAGGAGAAGCCCACACAUUGAUUCAUCACGCAGCCUCGAAAGGAGUAUCCGAGGCUCACAAGGUCCUCAAUGAGGUCUGUGCCAAAGGAGGCUGUGAUUAGGUCACAGAGAGUCUCACCUGAUCUGUGUGUUACAGGAUUUAUCUAGACCUGCUCAGUGGGAGAGGUGCACCACUCAUGUCUGUAGCAAAUGUCAGUAAAAAUUCCCAAAUGAAAUAGAAUAUUCCCAAAUCAUUAAUGGUAAUCAGUAUUAUGUCUUUGAGGUGACUUGUACUUCACUGGUAACUAGACCAAUAAAAGGGAAGAAGCUUUAAUCUUUAGUACUAAAUUAUUGCAUUGAAUGCAAUGUUAAAUUACCUCUGAAUUUAGGAGAAGGAAACUUUCAAAAAUUCCAGUUUUGAACAAAAUAAUGCUGUUUUACUAACUUUCCUGGCAAGUUUGGUAUCCUAGAUAAAUCCUGAUGUUAUCUGUCCAUAUAUUUCAAUGGUCUACUGCUGUAUCAUCAAAACUGUAUAUCCGUCCAGUAGAACUACAUGUACUUUGAGUCUGAAUAAUACAGUGUAGGGACAUUAUGCUUAAUUUAUCCAUCUCCUGGUAUGCAUUAAUGGUAUGCAAUUUCCAUUAAAAUUCAUUCACUGACUAUGGUUCCAUGAAGACUGCUGAAUUUCUCCGUCUGACAGUUAAAUCAAAGGAACACGUCUAGCAUAACCUUCUGUUGGAUAUUUACUUUGUACAUUAAAAUAAGACUUUGAUCUUCUGUUGCAUCUUAAUUUGGACCAUAAAAAAUAUAUAUAUAUAUAUUUGGAUGUUGGUUUGAAUAAUUCUUUGAACUUAAACAUCUGAUAUGCUACAAUGAAGACUGCUGAAUGUAUUCAUCUGACUGUUAAAAGAUUGAAACCUGUCUGUCCACCAUUAUUUUGUCCAUUAAUGAAAAAGCUCUUUGGGUGUUAGUUUGAAUGAUUCUUUGAACUUAUUCAUCUGAUAUGGUCCCAAGACUGCUGAAUUUAUCCAUCCAAAAGUUAAAGCCAUGGACAUCCCAAUGUUGAAUCUUUAUUUUCUCCAUCACAGAAAAUAAAUAUUUUGGUGUUAAAUUAAGUAAUUGUUUUCGUCUUCAUGUGUGCACUUGUGAGAAAACAAGUUAUAAUAGCACCAAUGUUAAUGUAAUCAUGUUGAGGUGGGUCAGGUGAAAUGGGGUUUAACGCCACGUUUAAGAUUAUUGCACUUGUAUAGCAACGCAAGUACUAGUGUUGAGACAUGUUACAUUACAGUGGGUAGCCUAGUAGGUAAGGUUACUCGUCUCACCUAAGACUGGGUUUGUUUCUCUACAAGGGUACAAUGUGUGAAGCCCAUUCCCUAUGUUAACAUCAUGAUUUGGAUGAGUCUUACUGAAUGUGGAGCAAACCCGUAGGGCUCAAUCUGUAUGUCUGUUACCUACAACUUGUGGACUGUUCUUAUUAAGAGUUUCCAAAUCCACCAGGCUGUUUCUAGAUAUUUUCAUUUCAGAAAAAUAUCCAGCAGAGAAUAUGUUUGUGCAUAUUUUCAAAUUAUUAAAUUCUAUUUAUGCAAUAAAGUUUCUUACUGAUAUUAAAUAUUAAAUAUUUUAUUUGUGUUGCAGGGAGCAUUUUUACACAUAUAAAGAUGUUGUUAGAGAUGUAGUAAAAGAUUUUUACACUUAUUGUGACGCAAAUUUAAACAUAUAUUAGUAUUUUGUUAUCGGUCAUUACCUACUAUGAAAUGUUCAUGUACGUAUGUUUGUGUUGGCUGUUUAAUUUUGGAAGCGAGCAUGAUUUAAAUAUUUUGUUAUUAUUUGAAUUUCAAUGAUUUUGUCACUAUGGUAUCUUCUUAUGGAUGGUUGCCAGCGAUGGAAACUAAUAUUUUUAGCCCACUAGACUUUUUGAAGAUGACAUAUAGCAAAACCCUUUAAAAAUGGCAAUGUAUUACUGGUUGUAAUAAUACCUUAAAUAUUGGGCAGUUUGGAAAGGACUAUAGGACCAGUGGCGAUUUCUAUCGCUAGUUUCAGUUUACCUGUGUUAGAAAUGUGCAAUGGGUUUAUGAAUGUGUGUUGUUUUCUAUAUGACAUAUGGUAACUUGCCAAACCUUUCAUAUGAUUUCACUGUUGUUUUGUAGAGCUGAGGACCUAUUUUGGUCUUAUCAAUACUUGAAGAGUUGGGAUUGUUCAGUAUGGGGACAAAACCAAACUUGCAACCAAGGCAGCUGUUAAACUAUAUGAAUUUUCAUGUUUUUAUUUAAAGGACAAGAAAAAGAACAAACAAUAUUUUCCGUUCACAUUUUAUAUCCCCUCCCCUUUUGUUUAUUCAAUGCUUUUUAUGCUUUUGUUGUGCUUUUAUUCCAUUCUGUGAUGCCUUGUUUUAGAAGAUGGUUUGAAAUGUUUUCAUGUGAUGUCAGUGUUGGUACAGGCCACAAAUAUAUCAUGAGACAGUGUGCAAAUGUAUAAUCCUAAUAUGUACCAUAUGUUCACAAGGUUUCAUGCUGAUGGAGGAUGCUGCUUAUCUUCUGCUGCUGUUAUGUAUGUGCUGUAUACACUACUAUUUGUUGUUACAUGUUGAGAAAUAAAAUCUAUCUAACAUA